UUGCCCCCAGCGGCCCGAUUCUCAUUUAAUUGAGCAGUUCCUCGCGCGCGCUCCUCCAUCGUCUCCUCUCCUCCUCGCCCCCCAUUCCCAUUUCCAUGUCGAUUGCUUCUCGUGUUUCUACCUCCCUCAUCUUAAGUCUUCUUAAUUUUCUCUAACUACUUGUUUUUAAGAACGCGUAACUUGCAGUUGGAGAAUCGAGAAGCGGCAUCCACGAAGUGGAGUUUAUUCGUCGCUGUAACUAAUUCGGAAGGGGUGAGGAAAUGAAUGUACAAGGAUUUUUAAUGUUGUCGCGCUUAACAUCUCGGCGUUCAUGUGCUGCAUGACUGAGGCCCGACCUUAAGUCAGACAGCGAUACUACGUUGCUCUUGAGGUUCUUUCAGGACUGAGAUCCGUAGUUAAGUCAGACAGUGAGCGAGAAUGUUCCAACGAGGUCAGAGUUGCGGUGGAGGAUAUAGCUCUCUUGGCUACUUGUUCGGAGGUGAUGAUAAACCCCGCGUCUUUCCAAAAAGCAGACCCCUGCAGCAAAGUAUCCAUGAAGAACCUGUUAACGAGCGACAAAGUGUAGGUGUUAGUGGCCGAAGAAAUUCACUCCACGGCUCGUCCCGUCCUUUAAUUUCUCCAGAAAUUGAGAAGCCGGCUGCUGGCAAAGUUUUUCAUGAUGAGAGGGACACGCCACAAGGCAGAAUGGGACGAACAAACAAUAACUACCAGCGCGUAGACGGCCAAAACUGUGGCAACUUCAUCACGGAUCGCCCAAGCACCAGAGUGCAAGCAUCUCCAGGCGGCCAGUCGUCACUGGGCUAUCUGUUUGGUUGAGCCGGAUAUUUGGUUAAUAUAUCCCCUUUGUCAGAGGGCCUCUAAUAUUUUGAACAUUGUGAAGCGGAAACAAGGAUUUUAAAUAGGAAAAGACAAGUAUUGUGCACAUGUAACUUAAAAUUAUGACUUUCAGGUUAACAGUUUUAUUAAGUUAGCGUUUCAUAUUGGCAGCGGGCAUUUUGAAGAAGCAUUUUGCAUCACUUCAAAUCGUGAGGUUCAAGACGCAACAAUCCAGAGUGGCAUGCAUUAGGAUGCAGCGUACCAACUCAAACAGCACGACAACAGAUUACAUAACCUAGACUUUCUCUUAAAGAUAGGAUAAGAUGUUUUCAUUGCAAACUCGUGAAUGAUAUCUACAUUUGUGUUCA